AAAAAUGUUUUUAUAAACCAAUAUAUCUUCCCUAAAUUUUAUUCUUUAUCAUUUCGUUAUUUAAUACUCCGUAGAUUACAGGGUAUAAUAAUUGUAAUUAUUAAUUGUUGAUUCCACACAGGGCUGUGAUUAAACAGAGAUUGCGUAAGUUCAAUUUCAAUCUAUUCGACAGACAUAUGCCGGUUGGCGUUUACGAGUAAAGUUUUUAUUCGUAUAUAUAGAAAACAAUAAUUUAAUAAUGUUAUGAAAAGAAUAUGAAGCAGAACUAGUUAGAGUGUCGGGUUUUGAAAGUUGGAGGAUUAGGAUUGUGGAAUGGAGCAUGUGGUAAGUUAGAUUGUGUUAUAUUGGCGAACAAAUGAGAAUUACAUAAUGAGUGGGAUAAGGAAGUUGUUUAAGUCAUAUAUAUGGAUUCACCGGAGAAGCAGUUAAGUAAUCUGAUAGGUAAUUUGAAAUCGUGGAUCCCUCGGCGGAGUGAGCCAGCUAAUGUGUCGAGGGACUUUUGGAUGCCCGAUCAGAGUUGCAGGGUAUGUUACGAGUGUGAUUUACAGUUUACGUUGUUUAACAGAAGACAUCAUUGUAGGCUUUGCGGGAGAGUUUUUUGUGCCAAGUGUACUCAUAAUUGGAUUCCGGCUAGAUCUAGUGAUCAAGAUAUAAUUAGGGAGGAUACGGAAAAGAUUAGGGCGUGUAAUUAUUGUUUUAAGCAAUGGCAACAAGGCGGAUUAGCUGCCUCUGUUGAUCAUGGGGUUCUUGAUUCCACUUUGGAUUUUAGUACCUCACCGUCAGCUGUUAGUCUCAUUAGUACUAAAUCUAGCGGCACUGCAGACAGUAGUGGCAUUACCUUUGCCUCUGUGUCGCACUCAGGUUGUUCUUAUAGUCAUACCCAUUACCCUCCUGGAUACGGGUCACACCAGUCUGUGGUAAUGGAGUCAAAUUUAGACGAGCAAAAUGAAUUAGCUAAAAGGAGUGAUGAAUUGCUUCUUGAUGUGGCUGCUCAGUCUCCUGUCCAUUUUGAUGUUUACAUUAACAGGGGUGAAGACUUUGACGAAGAAUAUGCUUAUCAGCUAGCUACCGGUGGAAGACAAAUUUUGCAGAUCGAAAAUGGUUAUUAUGAUGAAUCAAUGUUGGAUGACAUGGAUACUGAUUAUGAUUCUCAAAAAGGGCAUCUGGAUGGACAAGCUGCUGAUGCAAAAAGUGAAAGUAGCUGUUCCUUACAAGAUGUUCAACAGCUUGAGAAAAAAGAAGAUGCAAAUGAUGUUAGUGAUGAAUGUGAAGCUUCUUCCUCUAUGUAUGUUGCUCAAGAUGUCCCUGAACCUGUGGAUUUUGAGAACAAUGGGGUUCUAUGGUUGCCUCCUGAACCAGAAGAUGAAGAAGAUGAGAGGGAAGCUCUUUUAUUUGAUGAUGAUGACGACGAUGACAAUGGGGAUGCUGCCGGUGAAUGGGGAUAUCUACGUUCUUCAAGCAACCUUGGAAGUGGAGAAUGCCGCAAUAGAGACAGAUCAAAUGAAGAGCACAAGAAAGCGAUGAAGAAUGUAGUUGAUGGGCAUUUUAGGGCAUUAGUAUCGCAGUUGUUGCAAGUUGAGAACCUUGUUACUGAUGAGGAAGAAGAUGAUAAUGAUAGCUGGUUAGAAAUAAUUACAUCGUUGUCUUGGGAAGCUGCGUCGUUGUUAAAACCAGAUACCAGCAAAGGUGGCGGGAUGGAUCCAGGAGGAUAUGUCAAGAUUAAAUGUUUAGCUUCUGGGCGUCGUUCUGACAGUAUUGUGGUGAAAGGAGUCGUUUGUAAGAAAAAUGUGGCUCAUAGACGGAUGACAUCAAGAAUAGAAAAGCCUCGUUUCUUAAUUCUUGGUGGGGCUCUUGAGUAUCAGCGUGUUUCUAAUCAUCUGUCAAGCUUUGAUACUCUGUUGCAGCAGGAAAUGGAUCAUCUAAAGAUGGCUGUGGCAAAGAUAGAUGCACACCAUCCAGAUGUCCUUUUGGUUGAGAAAUCAGUAUCUCGGUAUGCACAAGAAUAUCUUCUUGCGAAGGAUAUAUCUCUUGUAUUAAAUAUCAAAAGGCCACUUCUGGAAAGAAUAGCGCGGUGCACCGGGGGUCAGAUAGUUCCUUCAAUUGAUCAUCUCUCGUCUCAGACAUUGGGACAUUCAGACCUGUUUCAUGUUAAAAGGUUCCAGGAAGAACAUGGAACCGCUGGACAGGGCGGGAAAAAGCUUGUGAAGACACUGAUGUACUUUGAAGGGUGCCCGAAGCCAUUUGGUUGCACUAUAUUACUAAGAGGUGCGAGUGGUGACGAACUGAAGAAAGUAAAGCAUGUUGUUCAGUAUGGAGUUUUUGCUGCUUAUCAUUUGGCUUUGGAGACUUCUUUUCUUGCUGACGAGGGAGCUUCAUUGCCUGAGUUGCCCUUGAAUGCUGCACUAACUGUGGCACUUCCUGAUAAACCAUCAAAUAUUGAGCGGUCAAUUUCUACGAUUUCGGGUUUUACAGGCCCUGUGAAUGAUAAAGCUCAGAUUCAUCAACCCUACACUGAGACGCACAAUGUCUCCAUGUCAGAAAUGUUCUCAUCUAUCAUCAACCAGAAGUUGGAAGGCAGCCCAAAUGUGUCAAAAGCCAGCUCAUUCUUGACUUCUGUUCCUUCUUCAAAAAUAAAAGUUCCGGAGGGUAUCGGUGCUGAGCCCACUCCUAUUAGGGCACCAAGUGGUUUGUCUAAGGUGGUUACUUCUGCAUCCAACGGUUUUGAGCCUCCUCCGGCUCAAGGAGAUGAUAGUAAGUGUACGACUAGUGUGGACCAUGUCACUUCAGAUGGAUUAUCUCUGCAAUUGGAUGGAAAGAAUGGGAAGGAGGAUGCUUCCAGUUCAAAGGAAGAGUUUCCUCCUUCGCCUUCAGAUCACCAAAGUAUUUUGGUUUCCUUGUCAUCUCGUUGUGUGUGGAAGGGAACUGUUUGUGAGCGGUCCCACCUUUUUCGCAUAAAGUAUUAUGGCACCUCGGACAAACCACUUGGCCGCUUUCUCCGCGAUGAUUUGUUUGAUCCAGGUUAUAGAUGCCGGUCAUGUGAGAUGCCAUCAGAAGCACAUGUACAGUGUUACACUCAUAGACAAGGAACCCUGACCAUAUCUGUGAAGAAGUUGCCUGAAUUUCUGUUGCCAGGGGAAAAGGAGGGUAAGAUUUGGAUGUGGCACAGGUGUUUAAGAUGUCCCCGGACAAGUGGCUUCCCUCCUGCAACUCGUAGAAUAGUGAUGUCAGACGCUGCAUGGGGUUUGUCCUUUGGGAAGUUCUUAGAACUCAGUUUUUCAAACCAUGCGGCUGCCAGCAGGGUUGCCAGCUGUGGUCAUUCUCUGCAUCGAGAUUGUCUUCGCUUUUAUGGGUUUGGGAAAAUGGUUGCUUGCUUUCGUUAUGCAUCUAUUGAUGUCCAUUCUGUCUACCUCCCUCCUCAUAAACUUGAAUUCAAAUAUGAGAAUCUUGAGUGGGUUCAACAUGAAGUGGACGAGGUUAUUCGCCGCUCAGAGCUAUUAUUUUCAGAGAUUCUGAACACUCUGAGCCAUAUGGCAGAUCAGAGACCGACAGGGUUAGCUAGUAGCCUGAAAAUGCCACAAUCUAGACGGCAAAUAGCAGAUUUGGAUGUAAUGUUGCGAAAAGAAAAGUCAGAGUUUGAGGAGUCGCUGCAAAAGAUUUUGAACCAUGAGGUGAAAAGUGGGCAGCCUAUUAUUGAUAUUCUUGAGAUCAACCGCCUGAGGAGGCAACUUCUGUUUCAAUCUUAUGUGUGGGACCACCGUCUUGUAUAUGCAUCUAAUGCUGAUAGCAAUAGCCCACGAGCCUAUUUAAAUGAUUUGGAAACAGAGUAUGAUGAUAAACUCAAUGAAACGUUUGUUGACUCGAAGUCAGCUGUUGAUUCAUGUAAUAUAUCAGAUGUUGGUGAAAACGAAACAAGUGCUGACAUUAGUAAAGAUAGUAGAGUGGAUGAAAAUCCAAGUCCAAUGGAAGAAAACGGGCCCUCUGAUUCACUAAUGUCAAAUGUAAGUGUGCGCCGGGCUGUCUCUGAAGGGCAGUUUCCAGUUAUGGCAAGUUUAUCAGACACUCUUGAGGCUGCCUGGACAGGAAACCACCCAGAAUCUUCUGUAUUAUCUGAUUUAGACGUGAAUGAUUCCGAUAAACUGGAAAAGGGAGAUCGUAUGGAAGAAUCUAAGACAUCAUCACUCUUAUCCCCCGUAUUAUCCACCAAAGGGUCUGAAGCCAUAGAAGAUUCAUCGAGCUGGUUAGGUAUGCCGUUUCUCAACUUCUACCGUUCUUUAAACAAGAACUUCUUAGCAACUUCUCAGAAACUCGACCCACUCAAUGGGUAUAAUCCCGUCUACAUCUCCUCCUUUCGGGAAUCUGAACUCCAACAAGGUGGGGCGAGGUUGCUUUUAGCUGUCGGAAUCAACGACACUGUUAUACCUGUGUAUGAUGAUGAGCCCACAAGUAUCAUAUCCUAUGCAUUGCUUUCACCUGAUUAUAUUUCCCAAGUGUCUGGUGAGUUUGAGAGACAAAAAGAAGGGGGGGAAUCACAGUCUGUUGAUGCAUCAAUGUUUCGGUCAUUUAGUAAUGCUGAUGGGAUGUCAAUGGAAUCUCUCAAAAGUAUAGCGGAUGAUGGUAUUUUAUUGAUGUCAGGAUCACGUGCCUCAUUAAUGUCGGAUCCUGUGUCACAAACAAAAUCUUUGCAUUCCAGAGUUGAGUUUACAGACGAUAGUCCUCUUGGUAAAGUAAAAUACACAGUGACUGCUUACUACGCAAAGCAAUUUGAAGCAUUACGGAGAAUAUCUUGCCCUUCUGAAAUGGAUUAUAUAAGGUCUCUUAGCCGUUGUAAGAAGUGGGGAGCCCAGGGUGGUAAAAGUAACGUGUUCUUUGCAAAAACAUUAGAUGACCGGUUCAUAAUUAAACAGGUUACAAAGACAGAGCUGGAGUCCUUUAUCAAAUUUGCUCCUGCUUACUUUAAGUAUCUGUCUGAAUCAAUUGGUACCGGAAGUCCUACAUGCCUGGCAAAGAUAUUGGGCAUUUAUCAGGUUAUCACUAAGCACAUGAAAGGUGGGAAAGAAAUGAAAAUGGAUGUGCUGAUUAUGGAGAACCUGUUGUUUGGAAGGAAUCUAACACGGCUUUAUGACCUUAAAGGAUCAUCAAGGUCACGUUAUAACCCUGAUUCUAGUGGAAGCAACAAGGUUUUACUAGAUCAGAAUUUGAUAGAAGCUAUGCCAACUUCUCCUAUUUUUGUUGGCAACAAGGCCAAACGAUUGUUGGAACGAGCUGUCUGGAACGACACUGCUUUUCUUGCAUCGGUUGAUGUAAUGGACUAUUCUUUGCUGGUUGGGGUAGAUGAAGAAAAGCACGAACUUGUUCUAGGAAUUAUCGACUUCAUGAGACAAUAUACAUGGGACAAACACCUAGAAACAUGGGUAAAGGCGUCAGGUAUUUUGGGUGGACCCAAGAACGCAUCUCCAACAGUAAUCUCACCAAAGCAGUACAAGAAAAGAUUCAGGAAAGCCAUGACAACCUAUUUUUUGAUGGUCCCUGAUCAAUGGUCUCCUCCUACUCUUAUUCGUAGCCAGUCCCAAACAGAUCUAUUAGAUGAUAAUAAUAGCCAAAAUGGGACUUCUGCCUCUGCUGCUGAUUGAUGUUGUAUGUCAAUAUAUUGGCUUGCAUUGUAUAUUUCAAAUCUAUCUCCAUUUCUGGCUUCACUCCCUUCCAAACUUCAAGUUCUGGAAAAUUCAGUGUUCAUCUUUUAGCAGGGGAAUUCCGUUGUUAACGGCGGCUAACAGGCAGAAAGAAAUACAGCUUCAUAGCCAUGGAUGUUCAUCUGGAGGUAUUUUUUUAGGGGGUUCAGGAUUUGUUAUAUUGUUUUACCAUUAUUUAACCUUGCAAAUAUAUUUUUGUAAAUUAUGAUUUCCUUGUAUGUAUAUCAAUCUGCAUUUUUCAA